AUGACCUCCAUCGGAACCGGCUACGACCUUUCAAACUCGGUCUUCUCUCCUGAUGGCAGAAACUUCCAGGUGGAGUACGCCAUGAAGGCAGUGGAGAACGGAGGUACUUCCAUAGGCAUCAAGGCCAAAGACGGCAUAGUGUUGGCGGUGGAGAAGAUUGUCAACUCCAAGUUGCUUGUUCCAGGCAAAAACAAGAGAAUCCAGACCAUAGAUAGACACAUUGGUGUGGCCUACUCUGGGUUGUUACCGGAUGGACGUCAUUUCGUGAACAGAGGCCGUGAUGAGGCUGAAUCCUUCAAGAACAUAUAUAAGACCCCUGUCAGUGUGCCCCAUUUGAUGGACCGUUUGGGUAUCUACGUCCAGAACUACACGUGUUACAACUCUGUGCGUCCGUUUGGCGUGGUUUCGAUUUUGGGUGGUGUUGACGAUAACGGACCCCACUUGUACAUGAUUGAGCCCAGUGGAACCUACUGGGGCUACACGGGAGCUGCCACAGGAAAGGGCAGACAAACUGCCAAGUCUGAGUUGGAGAAAUUGGACUUCGAAAACUUGACAGUGAGAGAGGCUGCUAAGCAUGCCGCCAGAAUCAUAUACCAGGCCCACGAGGACAACAAGGACAAGGAUUUCGAGUUGGAGAUGUCGUGGUGUCUGACGGAGGAGACUAAUGGGUUGCACCAGUUUGUGCCCGAGGACUUGUUUGAGGAGGCGGUCAAGUUUGCCAAGGAGGACGACGAGGACGACGAGGACGAGGACACCGAGAUGGCCAGCUAG